CUCUAGGCUGGCCCAGGUCGCACACACGGGACCAGCCGGCGGCGCAGCCAGUCAGUGGAGCGGCGGCGGCGCGAGCUCUGUCUCCGGGGAGAAGCCGAGGGGCGACGUCAGCGAGUGAGCAGCGCCCACUCCGCGGGGUGAGGAGGCAACUCCGUGAGCUCGUCUUCGUGCGGCCGCCGGUGGUGACCAGGCCAGGUUUGCCCCUCAGCUCGCCGCAAACUCUAUUUCCUGGGAGAAGCGACGCCGGCGACACCGUGAGGGCGGCCGCCGCUGCAAGCCCAGGUCGAUUUUCGACAGGCCAGGUCCGCCAUGUCGGUCUUCACCGGCGUGUCCAUCGCCGACGGGUACAAGCGGUGCAGCUGCGAGACGCUGGCCGUGGACGCCCGCGGGGACAGCGGCUACCACCUGCUCAUGGUCAACGGCUACUCGCGCACCAAGGAGCUGAUUCCCACCGGUCAGAGCAUCACCGCCAACUCUUUCAAUGUGGGAGGCCAUGACUGGUUGAUCGAGUACUACCCCAACGGCGAGAACCCGGGCUGCGCCGACUUCAUUUCGCUAUUUCUGAACCUUCUCUACGACGCCGAUGACGACGACGAAGAGCCCGUGGAGGUCAGGUUCAGUUUCAGUCUCGUCGACCAGGUGGAGAAGCAGAUGCCAACGUACAUUCGUGCGACCGGUGAGACCCGCAGCUUCUCCAGCACCACUUCAAUCUGGGGCAACGACAGGUUUAUGAGAAGAGACGCCCUUGAACACUCAGCGGAUCUCAAGUGCGAUUGUCUCACCAUCCGCUGCGACGUCGUGGUCGUCAGCAACAGCAGGGUUGAUGAUGAUGAUGCCGGUGGCCAUGGCCAUGGCGGCACCAAGGCGCUCCUGCCGGACAUACACCAGCAUUUCAACAGCCUCCUUCGAAACAAGGUGGGUGCCGAUGUGGCAUUCCAGGUCGGCGGCGAGACCUUCCCCGCACACCGGUGUGUGCUCGCUGCCCGGUCCACUGUGUUCAUGGCACAACUCUUUGGCCCCAUGAAGGAGGCGUCCAACAGUGUCAUACAGAUCAAAGACAUGGAACCAAAGGUGUUCACCGCUCUGCUUAGCUUCGUCUACACAGACUCGUUUCCUGACAUGUAUGAGGACAACAUUAAGCUGAGUGAACUAUGCAAAGAUACGAGACAAGGACAAGAAAAUGAGAUGUCGGAAGCUGUGAGCCAAGGAAAAGACGGGGAAGCGGCAGAGGAUGAAAUGGGGCUGCUGCAGUGGUUGCAAGGCUUGUUUGCGGCAGCAGACCGGUACGAUCUCCAGCGGCUCAAGUUCAUCUGUGUAAAGCAGUUGUCUCAGCGCAUGUGUGUCGGCUCUGUGGCGUCCACUCUUGCUCUAGCCGAGCAGCAUCACUGCCACGGAUUGAAGGUGGCGUGCUUGAAGUUUAUCCAAGUCCAAUCUCCCUCGUGUCUGCAGACACUCAUGACGAGUAAUGGCUGGGGGCAUAUUCUCACGACAUAUCCCUCUGUUUUGAACGAGCUCAUUGCCAUGCUUGCUUCGAACCAGAGGAAGUAACACUCUGGAUAUGGGAAGAAGAGCAUUGUUGCAUUCACUAUGUUUCUUUCAACGGAAGCACUAUGUUUACGUCACAGAACGCUAACUAAGGUAUGUAUGCUCCGGCUCCUGGAGAAGAUAAGAUCAGAGAAGAGAAGAAAAGAAAAGAGAAGAAUACUUGGGAUUGCUUGGCCGGAAUGUUAUACCACGGACGAUCUUUAUGUAGUUACGGUGCUGUGAUGUAUAGUAAAAACUGACUCCCUAUGCUGCUUCGAUGUUGUGAUGUAGUAAAGUGCUUCCUCUUAUGGUGUGCAAUUAAAAGGCUAGCUAGCGGUUUCCGUCAGAAAUUCCAGGGCAAUGCAUAUGUAUUUUCCUUCCUUGCUGGGUAUCAGAAUGUACUUUGCAGAGGAUCAUCACUCUAAAAUGUUUGGGAGACUCGGAAUGUCAGUUUGCAUCUUACUUAA